AUGUGCGUGGCUCGCACGAGCAAGGCCGCCGCUCGCCUCUCGGCCAGCUUUCGAGCCCGGGACGACGUCGAAAAGAUCUACCACGCCGUGGUCGCCGGCAGCCUCGCCGGCCGCGGCAUCCGCCAAGACUUGCUGGUGUCUCCGGACGCGAGCGGGGCCGUCGCGAGGCGCGGCAGGGGGCCGAGGGCAGGGUUGUCAUCAGUCCCAGCCAGAGGCGGUGCGGGUGGUCGCCUGCUGGCCGCCGGGCCAACGUCAUCGCCGGACGGAAAGCUCGCUCAGCUCGAGUGGGAAGCGAUCAAUGUGUCCUCCUCGUCCGCCGUUCGGCUCCGUUGCCCUCGAACCGGGAACCCGCGAACGCUAGUCCGCGUGCGGCUCAUCACGGGGCGGAAGCACCAGAUCAGGGUGCAGCUUGCCGAGAUGGGCCACCCCGUUGUCGGGGACACGCGGUACGGUCGCUCUAGGGGGGGAGAUGCAACCGACGAAUCGGCGGUGCCCCCUCCCCGGCGGGCGGGCAGAAUAGAGCCGCUUGAGGACCGGAGUAUUUUGCUGCACGCGAGCGAGUUGAUAGUGCCGCACCCGACACGUGUAGGGGCCACGGUUCGAGCCGUGGCGGCGCCGCCCGGGAUGUGGAGCGACCUGUGCGGCCGUUCCUGUAUCGACGAAGUUUUCGGCGAUCAGCCGGCAACAGGGUCGGUCGUAGAAUGUGCUCGUGGUGAUCAUUUUGACGUGACAAUAUAA